AUGGAGAAAGAGGGACUGAAAAGGAGCCUUGCUCUCUUGGAGGAACGAGGUGUGACUCUGGAUUGCAUUGUCACGGACCGCCACCCUCAAAUCCAAAAAUUCCUGAGGGAGGCCAACAUCACACAACACUACGAUGUUUGGCACAUGGAAAAAGGACUUUACAAGAAACUGGUGAAGAUUUCCCAGGACAAAGAAUGUGUGAAACUGAAGAAGUGGCUUCGCAGCAUAAAAAACCACAUCUACUGGACAGCAGCUAUGUCAACAUCAGGGCCAGAGAGAGUGGCAAAGUGGAGCUCCAUCCUCAACCAUGUCCAAGACAUCCACUCCCAUGAAGACCCUGUUUCCCCCAGUGUUUGCAUCUGCAACACACUUCUAGGGACAAGAGCAAAUGGGACACCAGCCUUCUGCAGAUUAGAGAAGGUGUUGACCAACAAGAGGGUUCUGAAAGAUGUGGGGAAGCUGAGCCCUCACUACCAGACCUCGUCGUUGGAGUCUUUCCAUAGCGUCAUUCUGCGUUUUGCACCCAAAAACGUUGUCUUUCCUUUUCUUGGAAUGUUCUGCAGACUGUACCUGGCAGCCCUGCAUUUCAAUGAAAAUACUGGCCGUCCCCAAGCAACAAGUUCAACUGAUUACGUGGACAACCUGUUGGACCUCAUCUUUCACAAGGUUUUUCAGGACCCGGCCCCAUAUGUGAAAGAGGUGCUGAAGAUCUCAAUACCUGCGGAUCUCUCUGCCAACUAUGAGAAACCUGACAAGCAGGAAGUUAUAGACAGAUAUGUGUGGAGGUUCAAUGAAGGGCAGGGCUAUGUGAAGCGUCAGGCUCUGUACGCCUGUAACACUUGUUCACCAAAAGGCGGAGAAGCAGCAGGAGUGUGUUUGGCGUGUUCAUAUAAAUGUCAUGAAGGUCACGACCUCUUUGAACUCUACACCAAGAGGAACUUUCGUUGUGACUGUGGAAACAGGAAGUUCACAGAGCUGCAGUGUAAACUCCAUCCUGAUAAAGACGAGGUCAACACUCUGAAUAAAUACAGUCACAACUUCUUUGGAGUUUACUGCACCUGCAGUCGACCUUACCCCGACCCCGACGACCAGGUGGAGGACGAGAUGAUUCAGUGUGUGGUGUGUGAGGACUGGCUGCAUGGCAGGCACCUGGGCCGUGUGGUUCCCGACUGUGUCGAGCUGCAGGAGAUGAUUUGUGAGCUGUGUAUGAAUAAAAAUGAUUUCCUCUGGACCUACGCUGAUCUCCUGGCAGUCUCAGGUGCAGCGGCUCAGGUGAAGGAGGAAACAGGAGGAGAAUCAAACACAGACGCUCGUGACAAACCACAGGUGGAUGAUGUCAUCGAGCCCGGCAGCAAGCGCAGCCGCGAGGAGGCGGAGUCUAGCUGCAGACUGAAGGAACUGCCGAGGAUUGGUCAGACCAGACUCCGGGCAGGCGCUGUGUUCUGGCCGUCAGGGUGGCGCUCCAAACUCUGCUCCUGCACCACCUGCCAGGAGCGUCUGUCUCAAGCGAAUCUGUCCUUCUUAUUGGACGAGUGCGACACCGUCCUCGCCUACGAGAGGAAAGGAAAGAACAGCGAACAGACGCAACCAGGACACGACCCUCUGAUGUCAGCACUCGACAACCUGAACCGAGUGCAGCAGCUGGAGAUCAUCCACGGAUACAACGACAUGAAAACUGAACUGAAGGAUUUUCUUCAGACCUUUGCAGCUGAAGGAAAGGUCGUGACCCCUGAAGACAUCCGUCAGUUCUUCGAGCAGCAGCAGAGUCGUAAGAGAAGGAGAGUCGACGACGGAAGUUUCUACUGCGCCUGAUCACCUUUAACCUUUGACCUCUAAUGAACCAUGUGAUGAGCCUUGGCCUGUCCCUGAUCUCGUGUGACAUCACUUCCUGUCGAUCAGCUGAUUUUUGUGAUUUCUGGUCACUGUUUUUUAUUGUUUAUUUUGAAGCUUUGAGACACUGAACGUCCUGUUUUUAAUGUUUGUUCCAGAGGUCAAAGGUCACUAACUGUAAUGUUUAUUUGUGUUUUUCUUUAUAAUGAAAAUCAAUAAAACUGAACCACAAAACCAA